AUGUGUUGUUUAAAUUGAAGUCACUAAUUCCUGCCUUGCUGCUAUUCCAAACAUCUGUUAAAUGUUUGGGCCAACAGAAGGGAUUCUAGUCUAGCUUAUAAAUGAAAGGAACCCAUUGGAAGGAUACCCAAAUCCUUUAGAUUAGAUCAGUUUCAUGUCAAUCAAUGGCAUUCAUCUUCAAGAAUACCUGGUAUAUAUAAGGGUGCGAUCUGCUAUAUAUCCAUACAAGAACAAGAAGCAUAGAGCCGCUAUUAUAUGCUUGAAUUCCUGAGCCACCAUGUUCAAGUUACUUGCAGUUCUCCCAGUGUUCUUCUUGAGUUUUGCAAUGUCAUGGGCGCAGCCAGCCAAUGUGACUGGCCUAAGCUUCCAGCUUGUCGCCCUUAGUCGGGUACCUGACUGGGACGCCGGCAAUGGCUCUUCCUACACCGCCGAGGACCUGCGCCCAUUGGCCUUGAUGCCGUCCGACUAUGUGCAUGGCGUGUUCGUGUCAAUCGGCAUCGGACAAGGCGGCAGGCGGAAGGUCCUUGCGCUCGACACCAACGCCAGCACGUCAUGGGUGAUGUGUGAGCCGUGUCACCCACCACUGCAUCAAGUUGGCAGACUCUUCUCGCCGGCCGCGUCACCCACGUUCCGUGGUGUCCACAGCAAUGACCCUGUCUGCGUCCCACCUUACCACCGCCUCCACUCGGCCAACGGGUGCUCCUUCGCCUUCCCUUCCGCCACCGGGUAUCUCGCACGCGACACCUUCCACCUGCGUCAUAGCGGGCGAAGUGCUGUGAAGUCUAUUUCCGGUGUGGCGUUUGGUUGUGCGCACACCACCACUGGGUUCUACAACGAGGACAUCCUCGGCGGGGUGCUCUCCCUCAGCACCACGCCACUCUCAUUCUUGACUCAGUUUGGUUCGCGCGCCGGCGGGAGGUUCUCCUAUUGCCUCCCCGAUCCCACCACCUCGCGCAACCCCAGCGGCUUCAUCCAGUUUGGCAUAGAAGUCCCAAGCCUGCCGCGGGACGCCCACACGACCACCCUCACCGCGAGUGCCUCGGGCUACCACCUCAGCCUCAUCGGCAUCAGCCUAGGGAACAAGCGCCUUGACAUCGAAAGACAUGUCUUCACCAGGCACGGCUGCAGCAUCAACCCCGCCGAGACCAUCACCAAGAUCGUGGAGCCAGCGUACCUUGUCGUGGCGAGAGAGCUGGUGGUGCAGAUGAAUGAGCUAGGAUCAAAGCAGGUGAAGGGGCCGCGUGGCGGCCCGCUCGUCUUCAACAAGAUUUCCAGGACGGCGCGGACACGGCUCCCCAGCAUGGUGUUCCACUUCGCGGAUGGCGGUGACAUGUGGUUCACGGCGGGGAAGCUGUUUCUUGUGAUUGGCACGACAGCACGGUUCUUGGUCGAGGGCCAUGGUUCCCACCGGACGGUGAUCGGCGCCGCGCAGCAGGUGAACGCACGGUUCAUUUUCAACGUCGCUGCGGGGAGGCUGACCUUCGCGGAGGAGCUGUGCAGUAGGGAUGCAGCGUAGGUCUGUUCGUGUUGUAUUCUGGAAAAUAAUUGCCAAUUCACAUUCAUAGAGUCAAUGAAAACAGCAUCUAUCGAAAAAAAAAAUCAGAACUUCCAAAAUUGGAUGAGAAGGGAUGGA